CAGUGCUCCCAUUAUGACUAUCAGCCAGUAGCUGCGGGGAGCCGUGGCGUCUGCCAACCCGCAAACACACCAUCGGACAACAGCUCAACAGCUCCACGAGUACCCUACCAACAAGCACCCGACCAGGCCUUUAAUUCUUUCAUCAUAGAAUUACUACUGUGAAACUGACUUACCUCGUCCCCCGUCUGAGUCGUGUCGCACCUCCCCCCAAAGCUUCCUUAGCAGGGCCAACAGAACAUCCAUAUCAUGGAGCUGGCGCAGUCACGGGCCCUGGAGGCCCUGCAGCCAUUCAUACACCUCACGAUUUCCUCUACCGCCUCGUCACCUCGCUUUAUCGCCAAUAUAAUCACUAAUGCCACCUCGAGCCCCAAUACAUUUGUGUUCGCCGAGCUUCUACAGACCCCAGCCGUUCAGUCCCUACGCUCUCCAGAGACACCAGAGGAAUAUAGAGGGUAUUUGAAAUUGCUCGAAAUAUUCGCCUGGGGUACAUGGCAGGAAUAUCAAUCGACACCCGGUCUUCCAUCUCUCAGCAAGGAACAAGAAUCCAAACUUCGCUUACUAUCUCUUCUCACCCUGUCGAGUACCGUCCGGCCUCUCACGUACCAGGCAUUGAUGGACGCGCUUUCAAUCCCCAACUCUGCAGAGCUCGAGUCCCUGGUCACCACGGCAAUCUACUCAUCCCUCAUCAAAGCCCGUCUCUCGCCGGCAUCAUCGCCCCCGACAGUCAAUGUCACUGCCGUUGCGCCGCUCCGUGAUGUCCCACCCCAGGCGGUAUCGGCGAUGAUAUCCAUUUUGACUGAAUGGGAGGGCCGCUGUGGAGAUGUUAUCAAUGGCAUCGAGGCCGAAAUCGCGAAGAUUCAAGACCAGGCGGUCAAGAAUCGGAGAAGGGAGCGGGAAUGCGCACAGCUUCUUGAGCAGGCUAUUGCUGACAAGAGUGGGAAUCCGGGUGCUAGGAAAAAUGCCCGGAGUAAAGCUGCUGGGCUGAGCGGUGAUGACAUCGACGAGGAUGAUGGCUAUUUUGAUAAUGGCAGUGACGGUGGCGUGGAUACACUGGGGUCACGCAUGGAUAUUGACGAAGGAUCUGGUGCUAAUCAAGGAAGAGGUACAGGGGUAACUGCAACAAGGCAGGCAAAAAGAUUGCUGGGUGUGGGACGAAAGAGUUGAGAUGGUUGACUACGAUUGCUUGUUGUGCAUUUUGGCGGGAAAUGAUUGCAUUCCAUUGUCAUAAGAGUCAACACUCUUGGCGAAUCUGGAUAGAGCUUCUCUUGCAUGCAUUACGUGAAUAUCAACUAUACGACCGGUCUGUAAAAAAUAAG